AAUACUUCAAUGGAAUUUUGAUGAUAAUACAAAAUUUUUAUUAAACAACAAUUCUUCAAUACCAGAAAUUAGUAUUACAAUGCUAAUGUUAUUAUAUGAAGAUUUUUAUAUAUUAUUGGAUAAUCUGGAUUUAUCAGAAGAGAUGAUGAAUGGAGAAAAAACUUGGUCAACUUAUCUUUCAUUACUUUAUCGUAUAAAUCAAAUUAUUGAGCAUCAUCCAAAUAUAAAAGGUCUUCAUUUAUUUGAUAUUGUUCCACAACUUGUAGGAAUUUCAAAAACACAAUUUGGAGAUUCUGCAAGAAGUAAUUGGGCUCAAAUUUUUAAUAUACAAAAAUAUGGUGAAAGGCUUACCAAUUUGAGCUCUUUUUCUACUACACGAACUUUUUGGUCUCAACCUAAGAUACUUUGUUUAAAACCUCUUCAAAAUUCUCAACAAUUUGCGACAAAUCAAAAAUCGCACUUUUCAAAUAAAAGUCCUUUCACAUUACCAAAUGAAUUGCGAUUACUUAGAAAUUCUCAUGUUUCAAAAGAGCCGGUCAGGGGCACAAUAGUGAAAGAACAUAUGACACACAAAGUUACUAAAGAGGAGCCAAAUAUAAAUAAAGAAAAUACUUCUACCGCUACCAUAUAUAAAAAAAAAGCCUUAAUUACACGCAUUAAAGAUGAAUUCAUUCAUUAUUGGCACGGUACAAAACUGUUAGGAUUGGAAAUUAAGAUUUCAACCAAGUUAUUGUAUAAAUUAUUAAAGGGACAAAGGCUCACGCGUCGAGAACAAAGACAGCUUAGACGUACUACACAAGACUUGGUUCGACUUGUCCCAUUCUUAGUUUUCAUAGUUGUCCCUUUUAUGGAAUUUUUUUUACCAAUAGCAUUAAAAUUAUUUCCUAAUAUGUUACCUAGUACUUUUGAGGAUAAAUUUUCAAAGGAGGAAAAAAAGAGAAAAUUGCUAAAGGUUCGCUUAGAGAUGGCUAAAUUUUUACAAGAAACGAUUGCUGAAACUAGUACUACUGGAUCGAAAAGCGCUGAAGCAGCUAAAGAAUUUACAGAAUUUUUCCGAAAAGUUCGUUCUACCGGAGAGCAAGCUAGUACCGAAGACCUGCUUCGUAUAGCCAAUCUUUUUGAAGAUGAAUUAACGUUGGAUAAUUUGUCACGCCCUCAAUUGGUUAGCAUGUGCCGUUAUAUGAAUCUAAAUGCUUUCGGCACAGAUAAUUUCUUGAGAUACCAGAUUAGAAAUCGAAUGAGGAGUAUUAAGGAAGAUGAUAAGAUGAUAAUGGCUGAAGGGGUCGAAUCACUGACCAUUCCAGAACUACAACAUGCGUGCCAAUCGCGUGGAAUUAGGACGAUUGGAGUUUCACCAGCACGUUUACGCAGCGAAUUGAAUCAAUGGCUGGAUCUUCAUUUAAAUCAUAAAGUACCUUCUACUUUAUUAAUCUUAUCUCGUGCUUUUAGUUUUGCAGAUCGAAAUGAAUUGGCCAACCAAGCUGAAGCUCUUCAAGCAACUUUGAAUAGCUUGCCAGAUAAUCUUGUCAAUGAAGCGGAAUUGCAAGUUUCAGAAGCAGAUGGUGCAGCUACAUACAAGCAAAAACUUGAAGUUAUUGAGGAGCAAGAAGAAAGAGCUCAAAAAGAAGCAGAAGUAGCUGCCAAGGAAGCAGCCCUUGCUGAGCAAUUACUUAGUGACGUUCAAGUUCCUGAGGAAGAUGUACGCAUGACAGAAGAGCAACUUCAAGAACUUCGUGCAGCACUUUCGAUUCUUUCAUCGAAAUCGGCAGUGCUAGAAGAAAGGGAAGCAUUAAAUGAAAUUAAGGUCGAUCGUGAAGAAUAUAAAGAGGAUAUACAAGAGUUAAAAGAAACUGGAAAGCAUACAGAAUCUAAAGUUCAACAUCGUCUUGGAGAGCGUUUAGAAAAAAUGAUUCAAAAAAUUGAUAAAGAAUUGGUGCAGUAUGAUAGUGAAGUUGGAUCAAAAUUAAAUAUUAUUCAAGCCAAUGAAAGUGGACAAAUAAGUGUUCAUGAUUUGGAAGAAGCCUUAAGAGUUAUUAAACAUACACCCGGUGAUAAUGAGAGAAUCAAAAAAAUUGUGAAAAAAUUAGAUGUAGACGGUGAUGGAUUGGUAUUUUUGGAUCAUAUUUCAGAACUAUGUAUAGAAGGGGAAGGUUUAGGUGUAUUAGUAGAAAGAGAACUUGAAAGUAAUAAAGAAGAUAAAGUGAAAAAACCAAAAAAGGAGGAUAUAGUACAAACAUAA